CCCCUCGGGGCCGGCGGGGGGGGGGGGUCCAUCGUUGUUACAGAAAAAAGAGUCGAGGUCGCCGUUGGACGCCGCCCGCCAUCGUCACCCCUGCGCCGUUGUUCUUGGGCAAGUAUUGUAUAACGUCCAAACCCUAGGGCUUUGUCUACUGCCAAAAUCCGCAGUCUUCCCAUGGGGGCAAGGAUAUUGCAGCAGCAGUUGGUUCCAUUCCUUUCACGACAGUAUCUUCGCAACUCAAACUCUGAAGCAUCCUCUUGGCAUUCUUCUAUUAGUGCAAUAUUAAUCAGAUAUGGACUUAAUAAAAGGGGAGUCCAGACACGCACAAAUCCAACAAACCAUGUAAGUGAAGAAGAUUCGGAAAAUAAGGAAGCUGUCAGCUUAAAGCCAAAUUCUGACCCAGAGAGCAGUACCAGGAGUUCUGCUGUAAAGUUUUCUGCCAACUCUAGUUUGAAAACAUCCUCAAGGCAUGAUCUUGCUAUGAUUUUCACCUGUAAGGUCUGUGAAACAAGAUCCAUCAAGACAGUUUGUCGCGAAUCCUAUGAGAAAGGUGUGGUGGUGGCAAGAUGUGGUGGCUGUAAUAAUCUGCACCUGAUUGCCGAUCGUCUUGGGUGGUUCGGCGAACCGGGAAGUGUUGAGGAUUUCUUGGCUGCUCGCGGAGAAGAUGUGAAGAAAGGUUCGGUUGAUACACUGAACCUUACACUGGAAGAUAUAGCUGGAACAAAAUCUUGAGAAGCUUAAUUUGAAAAAUACACCUGAACUUGAAUUAGGUGGAAUCUGGAGCAUUUUUGUGUUGUGAAAGUUGGAAGGAUUGUAUACUUUACCUGCUUGGCUCCCUUUCGUUGUACUUCCUGUCGCUGUUAACACAUCGUGUAUAUUUUUUUUUUUCCUUUAUUAUUAUUCAGAAAAGUUGGAAGGGUUGAAAUUUCGAAGCUGAGAAGAUAUUUGUAAAGAUGCAGAGUUUGAUGGAGAUUUUGCAUUUUUAA